CAUUUCUAUUGGAGAUCUAUUAUUUUGAUUGGCGCUUUAUUAAGGGCUACGCAUUUGCAAUCGGACGAUGAGCGUGAUCGGACUCAGCUGGCUAGUUCGUUUCGAGCAGAGAACAGGAAGCGACAAGCAAUAGGUGGCGAUUACAUUUGUGCUCACUGGAGACGUCGUGACUUUGUUCGAGCUCAUGGGAAAGAGCUGCCCAGUAUCGAAGGCACUGCAAAGCAGUUGAAUGAGCUGCACAAGAAACUGGGUGUUUCCCGAGUUUUCUUGGCUACCGAUGCUCCUGAAGCGGAAGUUGAUCAACUCGCCAAACUCGUGACAGUUCCUGUGCUAAGGUUCCACGAUGCUGAAUUGCUCGAUGGAGCUGUGGCAAUCGUUGACCAAGUUCGUUUCUUGUAG